AUGGUGUCCACUACUCUCUUUUUUCUAGCUGAUGCGAUCAGUCGAAUGGGUGAGAUACGAAUCAGCAAACCGGAUGAGGAAGUUGUAUGCACAGGGUUACUGACCCUGUCCACCUGCAUUCCUGUCUUGCUUCCACAUCUGAACUCGACCUUGGAGCCGGGACAUUCCACUGAACUGUUCCCUAUGACUUUUGAUCAAAUAGUCUAUCUGGGUGUUCUCACCACUGCUCUACGAUCCACGAUAAUGCGUGCACUGGGCGCUAAACUGCUGGCCUCGUUGACUAUGGCGCAACCGGUUGAGACGCUCAACUUACUCUUACCGUUAUUCCUGGACUAUUUAGAGCCAGUUGUUUCAAACAGUCCUGCCACUGUUAAAAAGUCUGCCUCUUCCUCCGUGGAUACAUCCGAUAGUGAGGUUUCCACUAACGUCUCAUCAUCAGCCCCUCCCGCGUGUACGGGAACGUUGGAAGCUCUAACCGCAAUUGUUGAACAUGUCAGUCAAACAUCUGCCGCAGAUUCCAUUCCGGCCUCGUGGAUUGAGCUAGAUCAGACUGAUCCGUUAGCCAGCCCCGACUCCCGUGGCCCUCGUCCCGGAAAUGCUGUAGAUCAACCAGAUGCAGGAGUGGCGGAUUUGAGCGAACCUAAAUUGUCCCCAUUGCUCACCUCGUUUCUACCGUACAUUGUGGUUCUUGUCCCUCCUGUUCUCCGUCUGUUAGCCGACCCGGACAGCACAAUUCGAGUAUUAGCCAGUCGAUUGUUUACUUCGCUGCUCACAUUGUUCCCGUUGGAGAGUUCCCUUCCCGAUCCGCCUGGAAUGUCUGAAGCGCUGAGUUUGGCGCGAGCGAUGAAGCGCCAGUUCAUAGACAGCCUACUGCAUCCAGAUCGUAUCCAAACUUACAAUUUACCCAUCCCAAUUCGGGCCAAGCUACGUGGCUAUCAGCAGGAUGGUGUAAACUGGCUCAGUUUCCUCAAUCGUUACGGCUUAAAUGGCAUCUUGUGUGAUGAUCUCGGUUUGGGUAAAACAUUACAGACAUUGUGCAUACUUGCCGGAAGCCAUCAUGAGUUGAAACAGAAGCACAAAACUCGACGUGAAGUUCGGUCAUUAGUUAUCUGUCCGUCCACUCUUUGCGGUCAUUGGUUACACGAGGUUGAACAAUUCGUGCGUCCAUGUGACCUAUCUCCCAUAGUCUAUACCGGUGGUCCAACUGUUCGAAUCAAUUUGCAGACCCAAAUUCUUGACCACAAUCUGGUGAUUGCCUCGUACGAUCUAGUUCGUAACGAUAUCUCCUUCUUUCAGUGA